UAUAAAAGAAAGUCGUGUUAGUUACUCCACUUAUAACUCAAGAACGGCUGAACCGAUUUAGCUGAAAAUUGUCAGGGAGGUAGUUUAGAGCCAGGAGAAGGACAUAGGAUACUUUUUAUCCCGUUCGAAAUAAAAAAAGUCUGCUUAUUUAUUGCCAUUAAGGCGGAACAAAGUUCGCCGGGUCAGCUAGUAUAAUAUAAGUAAUAAAACUUUUUCAACAUUCAAUCAAAUGAAACAAACCAAAUUAUUUCCAGUUCUAACUUAAAAACUUAGUAAAUGCAAAUGUUCAUACAUUGUUUUAUUUUUUCCAGAAUAAUGGCUUGUUCAAUGAGCUCGUUCAACGGUAUCAUCGCUGAAAUCCCAGGGAUAGCUGUCGACAACUUCGAGAGGUGUGACCGGACUGCGUACUUCUUGAGCCAUUGUCACACCGACCACACUCAAGGGCUGUCCAGUCCACAACUGAUUAAACAUUUGGAGGAGAACGAAGUGAAGAUUUACAUGUCAGACGUUACUGCUGGGAUUAUUGGUGCUAUACCUUGCUACGAUGGCGUUAAGAAGUUUAUUAAGACUUUAAGAUUAGGUUCAAAAACCCACGUAAAGCUCCCAUCACAAUACGAAGACUAUUAUCUGUGCGAAGUGACUCUGAUCCCAGCCGGCCAUUGCUUCGGCUCAGUCAUGUUUUUAUUCCAAACCCCGUUCACGACUGUACUAUUCACCGGUGACUUCCGUACAAAUUCCAACGAUGUGUCCAAGUUAGGUCAGCUUCAUAAAGACGGUGAACCUAUAAAGAUUGACAAAAUGUAUGUGGAUACAACGUUUAUGGAUAAGAUGUAUGAGAAUUUUCCCAAAAGGAGUGAGACGGUGGAAAAUGCAGUCGCUGAGAUUAAGGCAUGGCUGGAUGGAGAUGAAGAGAAUGCAGUAGCGUUGCAUCCGUCUGCUAGAUUUGGAUACGAAUAUUUAUUUAAUGAGAUAUACAGCCGGCUGGGUGUUAAAGUGUAUGUGGCGGAGAGAGAUUGGGCGAUAUACAGCGACUUCCCAGAGGCAAUUCCAAGCGUCACAAACAAGUACGACACACGAAUCCACAAAUGCAGCAACCGUUCAGAAAAAUACCCUCACCGUAACUGUGUCCAUGAUAUCAGUACAGCCAAAUAUUUGUUCGUUCACCUCUCUGCUAUGAAAUGGGACAACAUCAACAUAGAACAACGUUCAAACAGCAGGCUAUCUGACAAAAGGUUAGAUGUAUGUUUUUCAACGCAUUGCAGCCGAAGCGAGAUUAUAAAUUUUGUCACAUAUUUCUCUCCGAGCAGUGUCGUUGGGUUUCCUAAUAAGUAUGAAGUGGAUAAAAUUGAAGAUAAUAGUGUGAGGGUAGUUUUUAAAGCGAGUAAAAGAAAGAUUAGCAGUAUGGGAGGGAGACGAGAGAAGAUUGUAAGGUAGUCGGAAAUUUGAGGCUAAGUUUAAGCAUACGACCAUAUCGAGCUAACUGCGCACCUCGUUGGAAUUCAUUCGUCCGUACCAGAGCGGCGAUGUGACGUCACGGCCGCCGGGUGCGCAGUUAACGCAACCGCGUUGUACGAAACUUAUUAAUUAGUGCAAAAAACAAAUAUUUUUCGAUACUUUAAUAAUUAUUUUUUCUUCCAAUAAGAAUUUUUUUUUUGCAAUUGGCUCUUUGUUUUUUGAUGAUUUUUUGUUUGUUUUUAUGAGCUAACUUUUUUAACUAAUUAAAAAUACAUAAAAUGAUGCAGGGACAUUCUCAUGAACAGGGGAUUCUCUUAAGUUAUUUUUGUAUGAGUUUUCGAUUUUAUUUAAUUAAGUUUUAAGUUAAAUUAUGCAAUUUAAAAUUGUAUUGUGCUAAUGAAAUAGUCUAAAUUUGAUUUUGACUGAAUUAAUGAUUACUUUCGUUCCUUGAUUUUAUUAAAUUUUUAUCUCCUCUAUGAAAUUCAUUAAUUUAAGGUUAACUGGAGGAAAAUGCCAUUUGGCAUUAAGUUUGCCUUUAAUGUACUAUGAUUAACUAGCGGCCGCCCGCGACUUCAUACGCGUGGAACCCGUUUUACCCCCUUAGGGGUGGAGUUUCGUAAAAUCCGUUCUAAGUGAGCACUGAGCACCUACGUUCUAAAAGGAACCCCCAUGCAAUAUUUAAACUCCUAGCAUUUGUAGUUUCUGAGAUUUCCUGAUGAGUGAGUGAGUCAGUCAGAAAGUGACCUUUCGCUUUUAUUAAAUUAAAUAUAGAUAUGAAAGCCAUGUACUAAGUAUAUGUUUGAUGUUGAAAUUACUUCUUCUUGUGUUCUUCUUAAUUUACUUUAUUUGUAACUAUUAUCGGUUAUAGCGGUUUUUUUGAGACAUCAAACGUCAGUGAGACUUCAUAAUCAGUGGGUCUAGACAAAGUGCAAAUUAUAAUCGCAAACCAGUCGAUAAGUGAUCGAAAAGCCCCUUUUUUGUAUGGAGUUUUGACGGAUUCGAUUGUUUUUUUGUAUGGAGUUUUGACGGAUUCGAUUUUCAAUUCGAUCAAAAAGUGCGUUUUGUCUAGGGGGGCAGAUUUGUAUGCUCUGUCACGUCAUAAUAUGUCAAUGUCACCCCUCCCGUGCCCCUGCCAUACCUCAGGCACUGACUGGGUUAAGCGCUAGUACCUAUAAUAUUGUGAUAAUUAUAGAAUAAGCAAAUUGUGAUAUAAUAUAUCGAUUUGUCGAUUGUUAUUUCUAAUUAAAUUGGAAUAAACUUAUUUUUUGCUAAAA